AAAUAUAUAUUUGAAAUAAUAAUAAGCUAUUGUAUUUGUAGGAAGUGUAGUUAAGUAUUUAGGGUCUGGUUGGAUUGGUUUACGUAAAUAUAUCUACCGAAAUAAGUACUUGUGAGAUGAGAGUUUAUGAAAACAUAUGACUGUACAUAAGUUGUUUUCAGCCUGUUUUCAUAAGCUCUCCAUUAUAGCUUAUGAAAACAGCUCAUAACAUAGCACUUAUAUGAUAAGCAUCAUUAAAUUUUUUACCCAAACAAGACCUUAUUUAAAAACUAAUCUAAAAAACUUACAUCAAAAUAAGCUGAAAGCAACUUAAGGGUACAAAGUCAAGCUCCAACCACGGAACUGACACGUGUUGUUUAUAUAUUAAUCUGAAAACUUACAUUGAAAUAAGCUUGAAAGCAACUUAAGAGUAUAUAUCUCGUUAGUUGUUCUGUCAAGUGUAUUUAUGUUAUGAAAUAAGCAUAGAUAAACUCUUAUGCUAAACAUGCAGACCAAUAAACUGUUCUGAAGUUUAACAUACCCCACCUGAACUUCAUGUUUAGUGCUGCCUAUUGACCGUGCAAGUCAAGAGACAUCGCUUCCUUAUUUAGCUCUGCAUAUGCAAACCUCAAACUCUGUCUUCUAAGCUUCUAUCUGUGUAAUCUUAAAGAAGAAAAAAAAUAAUGGCAGGUGCAUUGGCUAUAACAAGUCAAAGUGAACAAAAGAACAAUGGCAGGGUAACCCUCUACGUUGUUCUCUCUUGUAUGAUGGCUGGUAUGGGAGGUGUAAUAUUUGGCUAUGACAUUGGUAUAACAGGUGGAGUGACAUCAAUGGAACCAUUUCUGAAUAAAUUCUUCCACAACAUAUACCUUAAGAUGAAAUCAGAUGAUAAAGUUAGCAACUAUUGCAUGUUUGAUAGUCAAUUAUUGACAUCUUUUACAUCCUCUCUUUAUGUUGCUGGUUUUGUUACUUCCUUCUUUGCUUCUUAUGUCACCAGAGUCUUUGGACGCAAGCCUUCCAUCGUUGCAGGUGGAGCUGCAUUCCUUGCCGGUACAACUCUUGGUGCUGCUGCUUUUAACGUGUACAUGCUCAUAGUCGGUCGACUUUUGCUUGGAGUUGGGGUUGGUUUUGCAAACCAGGCGGUUCCUCUAUAUCUCUCUGAAAUGGCACUGCCUAGAUUUAGAGGGGCAAUAAACAAUGGCUUCCAAUUAAGCAUCGGUAUUGGUUCUUUGUCUGCUAACCUAAUCAACUAUGGAACAGAGAAGAUUAAAGGCAGUUAUGGUUGGCGCAUAUCCUUAGCCAUGGCAGCAGUUCCAGCCUCUUUCUUAACACUAGGUGCACUUUUCCUUCCAGAAACUCCCAAUAGCCUAAUCCAAACCAGCCAAGAUCAUCAAAAGGCAAAAUUAAUACUUCAACGAAUUCGAGGCAUAGAAGAUGUGCAAGAAGAACUUGACGACCUCACUAAAGCAAGUUCUUCUACUUCAAAAACCAGUUCACAAAAAUCAUUUAAGAUUAUAUUGAAAAGAAGAUAUAGACCUCAACUUGUAAUGGCAAUAGCAAUACCAUUUUUCCAACAAGUGACAGGGAUCAAUGUCAUUGCUUUCUAUGCUCCUAUACUUUUUAGAACACUUGGGUUAGGAGAAAGCGCAUCGCUGUUAUCAUCUGUCAUGACAGGCAUAGUAGGUACCGGUUCAACCUUCAUAUCAAUGCUCAUAGUAGAUAAACUUGGAAGGAGAACCUUGUUUAUAGUCGGAGGCAUUCAAAUGUUGGCAUCACAGUGUAUAGUUGGAGGCAUAAUGGCAGUUCAUCUGAAAGAUCAUGGUGGAUUAAGCAAAGGGUAUGCUUAUAUAGUUUUGGUAAUGAUAUGUAUCUAUGUUGCUGGAUUUGGAUGGUCGUGGGGUCCACUAGGUUGGUUAGUACCAAGUGAGAUUUUUCCAUUGGAGAUUAGAUCAGCUGGACAAAGCAUCACAGUAGCAGUGAGUUUUCUCUUUACAUUUGCUGUUGCUCAGACUUUUCUAUCCAUGCUUUGCCACUUCAAGUCAGGGAUUUUCUUCUUCUUUGGUGGUUGGGUGGUGGUUAUGACUGUGUUUGUGUACUAUUUCUUGCCGGAGACAAAAAAUGUGCCACUUGAACAGAUGGAGAAAGUGUGGCAGGAACAUUGGUUUUGGAAGAGAAUAGUCGGAGAAAUGAGUGAUGACAACAGAGGUAAAGGGGAAGUAUGAUGUUUUAUGGAAGAUCCAAUUCUAAUGAUGAUAGAAGAAAAUAUCUUGAUAUUUUAUGCACAUGCACAUAUUAAUCUUGCUUUAAAACUUAGUAGCUAUCAAGGAAGAAGAACCAAAUCAUUUAAAUACUCCACUGAACAUCUCAUACUAUUCGAGCACCCCAUAAUACCCAAAUCCCUAUUAUAUCAAGAGUUUUUCUUCUACCCUUUUCAAUUUUGUCCUUCCUUUUCUCACUUCUACAACCAUAUCAAGCAAGAGAGAUGUUAUUGAAAGUAUUCAUACAGGUGAGUUUGAUUAUUUGUACUUCUUACGCAGGCAAUAAUGAAAUCCUGUGGUCUAAAUAUUCAUGCAAGUAUUGAUGUUGAUAUAAAAUGAGAAUAGGUGAAUCUUGCACAACCAUUGUUAAAUGCUUAGUUAAUAUCAGAAAUGAAGUUGUUACAUUUUAAUCAGAUUUAUAUACCAUUAAAUUUCCUCAAUCAACAAAAAUAGCAUAAUGACUUAAAAUUUAAAUGCUGAAGGGUACCAAUUUCUUGAACAUGUCUUUCAGGGUAGCACAGUAAAGACUUCUACAUCUUUCAUUGCAGGGCUUCUUACUGAAUAUUUAAAUGUCCAACCAUGGCAGGCACCAGCAUGUUCCCCCGUUUUAUUAAGGGCAACAACAGCUCCAACAAAGUCUGGAAAUUUUUUUGUUAUUCGCGCUAUUGCAUCCUUAGCAGCAAGUUUGGGUUCCAUCCCCAACCUCAUACUUUCCACAACUUGAUAGCUGAAAUUGAAAAGAAGUGUUAAUCUUGAUAGUUCAUAAGAGAAAACACAUAAAAUGAUUAAUUAAAGCUAUAACAAACUAACUAUACAAGAAUAAGGGUACUUGAAGUUGAAAGCUGAAA